AUGCAUUUAAAGCUUAAAAACAAUUCUCUAGGAAGCAAAGAGGAGAUCACUACAUUCAUCAAAGAUGCUUUUGAAGACAUAGGAAAAAUAGUUUCAAUUAAAUCACUUGUUAUUGAAGAAACACCAUAUUUAACUGACCACACCUGA